UACCAUGCAGAUUUUAUUUCUAUGUCAAAUAAAAUUGGUCUUGGUGUGUUUAUCAAUUUAGGAGAUGGGUGUAAUUGAGGUUGCCAAACUUCUGACAGUUUCAAUGAAUUUAAUGUAAUAUUUCCAGUUUAGUAAAGCUGUCAAUCCAUUCAUAAAUGAAUAAGUGCUAGAGUUUCAACAUGGACAACAUAAUAAUAUUGUCAGAUCUAAUUGAUCUUGCUGGACAUCUGAGACAAGAACGCCUUUUCAUUUUUUCUGAACAGGUCAACCUACAGGAAUUAAAUGAAAAGGUUGUGCUGACAUCAUCUCGUCUGGCCCAGUUGGCAUGGAUUGUAUUCCAGCAGAGAGUGAACUUGCACAGACUCGUGCUAUCCAGACCUGAUUGUUCUCCGGCCAUGUGUUGUCAGCGUGCGGAUUCUCUCGAGUCCACUCAGUUUGUUGAUGCACACAAAGUUCUUGGCUAUCAGGAAACGGUUUUAUAUGGAGAGUUUCUGAAGAGUUUGAGAUCAUCCCCUGAUUUACUAGCUUCAUGUUUGGUUGUUGGUGAGCGAAUGAUGCCAGAGUCUAUGGGUCAGAUCAUACAUUCCUUAAUUUCUGGAUUGUUCGGAAGCUGUCUACUACCGGAAGAUAAAGUAAUUGUUCUUCGGCUGUUGAAAAAUUUGACAGAGCUUCAGCUUGUACCAUCAGAUGAUCCUCGCAGGCUUCUUCGUCAAGGAACAUGUACUUUUGCAAGACUCUAUGCAGGGUUUCAUGAGGGUUUGUUUUCUGCAAAACUGUUUCUGACAGCAGCCUUGCAUGAUCCAAUCAUGCAGCUGCUAAUGGAGGAUGAACAAUUCCUGGAUAUAGAUCCUGAUAAAGCAGCAAUCAGAUUUCCACCUGGCCAAAGGAUAAAAAAAUUUGGAAAGGAAGGAACAGAAGAGUAUAAAAUAAAUUUGCAGAGUUACCGCAACUGGACUAUCCAGUCUCUUGUGACCAUCACAAGACGAUUCAUUGUUAGCCUGCAGGAGAACCUGCAUUGUUUCCCUCCAAGUGUUUCUUGGCUGGUUCGCCAGAUAUUUUGUCUGCUGAAGAAAUCUGCCAUAAUUCAAGAGAAAGAAAUGUUUGCAAUCACCACAGAUUUGGUGUUGACUCACUUCAUCUGCCCUGCCAUUGUCAAUCCAGAGCCAUACGGCAUCACAGAUGCUCCCAUCAGUUACAUUGCCCGCUUCAAUUUGAUUCAAGUGGCUCAGAUACUUCAGAUGUUGGCCAUGCGUCGCUAUGAAGGUGUUGAUCCUAAAGUUGAGGAUUUGUAUUCACAGUUUGACAAAAACAGUGUAUCCUCACUGCUAGAUACCAUGUUGGAGGGCAACACUCUGAGUGAGGAACCGUCAAUAGCUGAGGAAGUUAGACAUCAAGGCCUGACCAGAUCAGCUGCUCUUCUGACUAAGGCUGAGCUUCAUAAUCUUGUGUCAUUUUUACAAACCGUAGCAAAUGACCAGUCUGAAUUUUCUGAUAAGUCUCACCAGAAGGAGCUGAGUGGUAUGAUGUCUGAUUUACCACCACAGGCUGUCAAUGGCCACACUAAAACUGUCAAGCGACAACCUUCUUCAAGUAAAGGUUUGAAAGGUCGCAACAGUUUGAACAUGGCUCCUGAGAGCACUAGUGAGGGGCUGGAUGAAGAAGAAAGGUCAGCCAAGCCUGUGUUGGUCAUACCUUUGGAGAUCAAUACAGAACCUGCCGUGGGACUUCUUUCUGAACAAAAGGUUCUUGCAGCUGACAUCAUACCUGGUGAUUGUGACCUGUUGGUAACAAACCCAGAAGCAGAACACACUGAGAGUCAAGAGAAACGGACAAGAUUUUCCCUGUCUCACGAUGAUGGUUCUAUUGGUAACACCAGUGAUAAUCUAGAAGCUGUAUCGGAGGCAGCAUCUAAUCAUAGUGUGGCGUCAUCCUUGGAGCUAGAACCAGAGGACCAGAAUGAUAACCUCUCAGACAUGGUGUCAGCCAAUGUUUCUGGGAGAGGAUCUCCUAACAUUUCAGGUCGAGACACCCCGUCUUCUCAAAUGACUGAAGGUGAUGGAGGAGGAGAUGAGCCAAGACAACCUCUUGAGUUUGUUCCUCCACCUACUACAACCAAGCAGAGCAGAUUUGAUAUUGACGAUAAAUUUGGAAAGUUUCAGAUUAAAAAACUCAUGGAAGGUGCUGAUGAGACAAUCUCACUUGUCAGUGAUACCUGGAGCACAGAUGUCCUGGCUAGUGACAGUGAGACAAUAGAACAGUUACCAGCCGCUUCUGAGCCCCUGGUGCAGCCUCUGCCGGGACCACAGGUGGUGGAUAUGUCAGAAACGGCCAGUGAAGCUUGGAGCACUGAUGUGGUAGCAUCUGACUCUGAACGGCUUACAGAGGUCGAUACUGACGAUACAGCAAGUGUGGCCAGGUCAGACGAUACAGCACGUUCUGAAGUAGAAAGUAGAGGUGAAUCAGAGAUGGCUGAAGAAACGCCUCCUGUUUCAGCAUCCAGGCCCAUGAGAGAAGAUAGCAGAGUUGUUCCAAUAUCACCAACAAAAGUAGAAGUUCCACUCCAUCCAGUGUGGAACGUUACUGGGAAGGGUGGAGGCAAAGCCGAUUACAGACGCCGGACUGUUGAAUAUGUUGACUCGAACAUGAGAGAUUUUAAACAAGGACCACCAACAGAAGAUACUCGUGCAGGAGUUUCAUCUGAGAAGCCUCCAGAUCUAAAACCUGCUCUGGUGGGCUCCACUCAUGCAAUAGUGCAUGCUCUAGGGCCGCCCGUUUCCUCUCCUCUGCACACAUUUCAGACAAGUUCUGUUCGAAAUGUUAAUCAGACACCUUCAGUUCACAACAAGAGUGUGCAGCUCAAAUCUCUCCAGGCCUCUAGUCAGGAGGUGAGUACUAAAUCAUAUACAGACAGGAUUUUUCCGGAAAUUGCCAUAAUUUCAUUGUUACAAAAUUCAAUAACACUACAUUUUGAGGACACAUAAGUC